AUGGAAUUUACGGACUUCCUAGGAUCGACCGUUGCCGCGCUCCGAGAGAAGCCGCACUGCGAUUUCAGCCCCAACGUCGUCUGCAUUUCUAUUUCUCAUCCAACCCUACCGUCGCUCAGCUUCUACGACUUGCCAGGUAUUAUCAAUCAAGCGGAGACACAAGACAAGGAGUUCCUGGUAGAUUUCGUUCGCAACCUUGUGAUGGACUAUGUCAAAAACGAAGAAUCUCUCAUUCUUGUGACCUGCUCGUUAGACACCGACAUCGCCAACUCGUCUGCAGGUGGCAUUGCGCGGAGGUUGAACGCUACAGAACGGUGCAUUGGUGUGCUCACCAAGCCAGAUCUUAUACCCGAAGGAUCCCGUCACGACAAGCUCAUGGAGGUUUUUGACGAGAAACGCUUUGCAUUGGGGCAUGGCUACUUCGUCGUAAAGAAUCUGAACCAGGUUGAGAUGGGGCGCGGCCUGACCCAUACGCAAGCUCGGCUCAAAGAGCACCAAUUUUUCAGUCAAGGAACACCCUGGUCAACUGAGUUCAGCCACUAUCAACACCGACUUGGUACACUGAACCUGCAAAGCUUCCUUUCCUGCAAGCUUGCUGAAGAGAUGACGAAAAAGCUUCCCAUCAUUGACCAGGAGAUCAAUGUCAGACUGGAACAGGUCCUAGCCGAACUUCGAGAAUUUCCGGAUCCUCCUACGCACAACGCCCCUAGAAUCAUCUCGGAUGUUGUACUCGACUUCUCACACAACGUGCGCAGGGAGUUGGAGGCCUAA